UUCAUCAGUCAUACCAUAGCAGAGGCACAUUGCCCUCUAACCUACAGGUUCACAUAAGUUGUUGGCAUGGGAGUUAUAAUGGCAAACACGCUCUGGGUAUUGUUAAAGCAACUAGUUUUGUUUUUACUGGUGGGAAACUUAAUUGCUCCUGCUUUUUCACUUACUUACAGCACUGGCACAUGGCAACAACUUCCAGUGCGAAUGCCGCAAUUUGGAAAUCGUCCGCCCUUUAAACAGCUUCAACUUCACCAACAAACAGCUUCCAGACCAGAUCGAGUGGAAACGGUUGCUGUGACGUGCCAUUCAGACUACAUGGAGGUAGUCGUGAAAGCUGAUCUGUUUAAACUCGGUAGUCUUAUUGACGUGGAUGACCUGCGACUUGGAGUUGAACAGUACCAAGACCAAGAGCCGUGUAGGGCUACAGCAUCCGCAGCCGGAGAUGAGUACAGAAUACUUGCAGCGCUAUCGGACUGUGGAACCAAUCAUUUGAUGAACGAAGACUCCUUGAUCUAUACAAACCUCCUCAGAUAUACGCCCAGAACCACUCCAGAUGGGGUUAUUCGACUGGAUGGUGCUGUAAUCCCAAUUGAGUGUCACUAUAAAAGGAAGUACAGUUUGAACAGUGCCUCUCUCCAGCCGACCUGGAUCCCCUUCACCGCCACAGUGUCUGCUGAAGACACCCUGCAGUUCUCCUUAACCCUUAUGACAAGUGACUGGCUCUAUGAGCGGGGUUCUGCAGUCUACUUCCUGGGUGAUCCCAUCAACAUUGAGGCGUCUGUCAGGGUUGCUCACCAUACCAGGCUCAGGGUUUUUGUUAGCAGUUGUGUGGCCACACUGGACCCAGACAAGAACUCUGUCCCCAGAUAUGUCUUCAUUGAGAAUGAUGGGUGCUUGGUGGAUUCCCAGCUGCCUGGCUCCGACUCUGGCUUCAUGCAUAGAACCCAGGACAACAAGCUCCAGUUCCACAUUGAUGCAUUUAGGUUCCACCAGGAAGACAGGCCAGAGCUGUACAUCACAUGCCACCUUAUGGCAGUCCCUGUCAUGGACCAUGCAGAGCCUAGCAACAAGGCAUGCUCCUUCAUCGAUGGCAGAUGGAGGUCUGCCGAUAAGAAUGAUUUGCUAUGUGGCCGUUGUCCAAGCCUGAAUAGCCAGACGGGGGUUGAUCAAGCUCCAGCACGACGUCCCCUCAGUCCAAGACUAGGUGGUAGCCGACCUGAACCUCGUGGCUACCGCAGCAAACCUCCAGCCUCUGGCGACCAUUGGCGUGGGAUGAGGGCUAAGAAAGUAUGGGACCAGGAUGCUACUUUGGGCCCCAUGAUGGUCUUCAAAACCAAGCAGAGUGCACCUCUAUCUCCACGGACGAGGGAAGGUAUCGCUAUACAUGGCUUCCCCUCCGCAACAGGGGACAGGAGGCCUGUAUCACCUGGCAGUCGUUGGAAGAGUGGAAUGGACUUCAAGAAGGGACCUUAUUUCACCCAAUCCCAAAAUGUGGGUAGUCCCUUGGGCCCGGGGGUUGGACCCAACAACAGGCACGGUUUCGUUAGCUCUGCAAUAUAUGAUGGCUUCAUCAGGCAGAAGGAACUAAUCACCCAAAGAGAGCUGGAGCCCACCCCAGAGUUGAAUUCUACACUUGAGCCCAUUGGGGACCUUGGAGAAGAGGUUCCCACAGAGCAGGCUGGUCUGAUUAAAGAUCUAGGUGACCAGCAGGAUGACAAGGAUCGCUAUAAAAUUGGAACUCAUUGAAAGGCUGGCACACCUAGCCGGAAUCGCUCAGUUCUGCCUCCAGGACAAGACUCGUACCAAUAAAUGUCUACCUGUGCAUGGCAAUUGCCACUAUCACUUGUGUAUAUAUCAGCUUUUGAUGUGGUUUCAUAAAGCAGUUAUGAAAUGUUUGCAGUCCACUAACACUACUCUAUAGAAUUGUGAGGUUGCUGUGGUGGCCCCAUUUGUGCUGCUUGGAGCUAGACUAAACUGACUGAGGGUGGUGCCAGUCCUGGUGUCCCAGCACAAGGUGGAUGACCCUACAACCAAGUGACCUCAGCACCACCACAUCACUCAACCAGUGGACUACCACCACACUAAGCAGACAUGGUCUCAUCAGAUCUCCAAAGAAAAUGAGCCAAAGAUUACUGUUAACCUCCUUGAAAAAUAAAUGUAUUUAAAGAUA